GAGCCCUCUUAUUUCUAUGUGGAGCUCAUCCGAUAAGAAUGAGGGUUUCUUAUCAUGCACGCUAGCUUUCUUGGUGGGGUUCAAGUUCCUGUAACUUCAAUAAAAUUCGAAGCUAUCAAUUGGAGCAUUUGUAAAUUUACUAGAUAUCUUCAUCAUGCCAGACAAAGACGCAGGUACUCCGAGAGUCUUUCUCAUUCGACAGUAAGUGUUUGCUUAUAGUUGUUCGAAACGUCCUUCGGUAGAACUGCCAAGGCAUGAUUACACUUCAAUUUCCUCACUCCGAUGCAAUCGAAAUAGAUACUGGAUACUGACUCUGUGUCAGUGGUAAGUCACUUGUGGCUUUUUUACUACUAUAGUUCACACUAUCGAUAAGAUGAUCUAAACUCGUAAACAUCUUUUAAGGGAAUCGAAGAAUUGCAUAAUCAAUUUUCUAACCUCAUCAUGUAUCAGGCGAGACAGAAUGGACCAUCUCAGGUCGCUACACAGGCCGAAGUGAUAUUCCCCUAACUCCCCACGGAGAAAAACAAGUCUCCUCUUCAGCAGGCAUUCUAGUUGGUCCAGACAAGAUUAUUGAUCCAUCCAAGCUCGCCCACCUAUUCAUAAGUCCACGAACUCGAGCUCGACGCACAUUCGAGAUUCUCUUCGACGAAAAUACACAGAAGGAACUUGAAACUAAAACGGAGAUUACUGAACAUAUACGGGAAUGGGAAUACGGUGCCUAUGAAGGACUUCUUACCGCUCAGAUCCGAGCAGCUAGAAAGGAGAAGGGUUUGGAUAGUGAGAGGCCGUGGAACAUUUGGCUUGAUGGCUGUGAAGAGGGGGAAACGGCGGCUGAGGUAUCGGAUCGCUUGGAUUCGGUGAUUGCGAAGAUACGUGAGAUCCACGCACCUUAUAUGCAUGGAGAGAAGGGCGUGGAUGUUGUGCUGAUUGCACAUGGACAUAUCUUGAGAGCUUUUGCGAAAAGAUGGAUUGGAUUUGAAAUGGGGAGAGCACUACCUAUGAUGCUUGAACCUGGAGCUGUGGGAGUGUUGAGUUAUGAACAUCAUAAAGUUGAUGAGCCGGCCUUUUUGCUAGGUGUGAAUAUGGGCGCCAGCUAAGAGUAGAAAUAGAAGUCCUUGGUCGAAACGUUAGACUGGAUAGAGAAAUGAUGCAAAUGCUUUAGCUACUGUA